UGUCUGAUAUUUAUGUCCUCUUGUACCGGUUCUUUUUGCUCAUCGACUGUAAAAUUGAGUGCAUAUAUUCUGUACGGGUUUCUAAGUUGAUGCAUCCAUUUAAGAAAAAGCAUUAGUGGGUCUGUGAAGCCCCAGAUCCAAACUGCGCGGGGUUAGGGUUGAAAGGUCGCGUUUCCGGCCUUCGGCUGCAGUUGCUCUCUCUGCUUUUGAGACAGAGAGUAUUUUUCAUAUUAAACAUUUGUAGUAAAACCGAUUUAAAAUAGGUACUCAACAGCCCCCGGGAGACCAUAUCCAGGCGCUGCAGAGAAUGCUGGCUACAGGAGCAGCUGUAACCACGGCACUGGCGCAAGUGGAUAGGGAAAAGAUCUAUCAGUGGAUCAACGAGCUCUCCAGCCCGGAGACUCGGGAGAAUGCCCUACUGGAGCUCAGUAAGAAACGGGAGUCCGUGCCCGACCUGGCGCCCAUGCUGUGGCACUCCUGUGGCACCAUCGCCGCUCUCCUGCAGGAAAUUGUCAACAUAUAUCCAUCCAUCAAUCCGCCGACCCUGACGGCGCACCAGUCCAACAGGGUGUGCAACGCUCUGGCCCUGCUGCAGUGUGUGGCCUCCCACCCAGAGACCAGGUCUGCGUUUCUGGCCGCUCACAUCCCGCUCUUCCUGUACCCCUUCCUGCACACCGUCAGCAAGACCCGCCCCUUUGAAUACCUGAGGCUCACUAGCUUAGGAGUGAUAGGGGCACUAGUCAAAACAGAUGAACAGGAAGUCAUAAAUUUCUUGCUGACGACAGAAAUCAUUCCCCUGUGCCUCCGCAUAAUGGAGUCUGGUAGUGAGCUUUCCAAAACGGUUGCUACAUUUAUUCUACAGAAAAUCCUCCUGGAUGACACAGGGUUGGCCUACAUAUGCCAGACCUACGAGCGAUUUUCUCAUGUGGCAAUGAUACUCGGUAAAAUGGUCCUGCAGCUGUCUAAAGAACCCUCGGCUCGCCUCCUGAAGCACGUCGUCCGCUGUUACCUCCGUCUCUCUGACAACCCAAGAGCCCGAGAAGCCCUGCGCCAGUGCCUGCCCGACCAGCUGAAGGACACCACCUUCGCCCAGGUGCUGAAGGACGACACCACCACCAAGCGCUGGCUGGCACAGCUGGUGAAGAACCUGCAGGAGGGCCAGGUGACGGACCCCAGGGGCAUCCCCCUGCCCCCGCAGUAGCGUUACCGCCCCCCAUCUCCCUGCUGCGGGCGCACAGGGCCUGAGGGGCUCGAUUUAAGGACAGGAAGAGGAAGGGGCUGGGGGGAAGGAAAAAAAAACCACCUGCGGCCACUUCCGAAGUCCUCCUUAAGACUGUCACGACAAAAAGGUGCUUUUAGGAUUUUGUCCACGAGCCAAGACCCGAGGGCAAAGCGCGUGGGCUUUUCGUUGAGGUUCUUUCCGACCCAUUUACCGCUUCCCUUCAGUACGGUCACCACUCUGUUUGUUUUUUUAGGCAAAACAGAUCUUCAGUUGCAGUUUCUAUUGGACCUCCACCCUGAUUUUACAUUUUACAACAAUUAUCUUGUUUUUGUUCUGUUACCUACUGUAAAAAUACUGUACAAUAAACUGCCACUUUUUGAAAA